AAUAUCAAUUAAACCUUUCAUUCAACCCAUAAAAUUCAUUCAUUAUCUAAAUUGCUAAGUCUCAUUCAGGGUCAUGGUGAUGGCAGGAGAAGUAGAGAUUUCUUCAGCAACCUCCUUCAAGUCUUCCUGUGGGACACCUCACUCUCCCAGGCCAGCUAAGAGAUAUUCCCUCCAGCAUGUCCUGACUUGGGCCAUGGGGCCUCUGCCCAACUGGCUGUGCCUGGUACACCUCCAACAGAAGUUGACCAGGGAACAUCCAUAUCAGGUGUCCGAACAAACUCACCUGGCUCCUCUCAAUGUCAAAGAACAGGGAGACUACUCUGAGCUCUUCUGGAUUUCUGAACUUCCCAACUGAUCUGGAAGUGUAAGCCUAACCACUUUUUACGGUUCCAAAUAGUCUAGUUUUCCAUCCUCCAGUAAAAAUUCUCCAGCUGCCAUAAACUCGUAUGAAGAAGCAAUCCUCUCACAGAACACUGAUAUUUGUGGAAGAUGUUCAAAGCCAUGGAGGCACCAGUAUGUCUGAUUGGCAGCGAUUCUGAAGGACAGCUAUGUGUUAUGAAAGAAGCUAAAGAGAUAUUGGAUGAAAUCACUCAGCCAGUUGUUGUAGUGUCUGUGGUGGGGCUCUACCGUACGGGGAAGUCUUACCUCAUGAACCGUCUCGCAGGGAAGCAAACAGGCUUUGCUCUGGGCAGCACAAUAGAGUCAAAAACUAAAGGCAUUUGGAUGUGGUGUGUUCCACACCCAAAGAAAACAGGACAUACUCUGGUGCUGCUGGACACUGAGGGACUCGGGGAUGUACACAAGGGUGAUGAAAAGCAUGACACAUGGAUCUUCUGUCUGGCUGUUCUGCUCAGUAGCACUCUGGUCUACAACAGCCUUGGGGUCAUAGACAACAAUGCACUUGAAAAGCUACAUUAUGUGACAGAACUGACUGAGAACAUCCGGGUGAAAGCACAGACAGGUGGUGAACAUGAUCACUCAGCAGACUUCAUGCGAGUCUUCCCCUCCUUCAUCUGGGCUGUGAGAGACUUCACUCUCAGGUUGGAGAAGAAUGACAAGGCCAUCACAGCUAAUGAAUACCUGGAAAGUGCUUUGGAGCUUAAAAUUGGUUCUUCCAGUAAAAUCGAGAAGUUCAACCUGCCCAGACGCUGUUUGCGUAGUUUUUUCGCGGAACGGCAGUGUUUUGUAUUCCCACGGCCAGCUACAGAUGCUGACCUGGCAAGAAUGGAGGAGCUGUCUGAGACGGAUCUUAAUGGAUGGUUUUUGCAUUGUGCUGAGGACUUCUGCAGCUAUGUGUUUAGCAAUGCCAAACCAAAAACCUUAACAGGGGGUCGGAUGCUCGCUGGCAGUGCUCUUUGCAAUCUGGCAGAGGUGUAUGUGGGGGCAAUUCGUAGUGGUCAAAUUCCCUGUCUGGAAAAUGCAGUGGAGACUUUGUCCCAGAUCCAGAAUGAGCGGGCUGUGGAACAGGGGCUGCAGGUCUACCAGAGUCAGGUUCUUGAAUUAGUGUGCUUUCCAAUUGACCCAUCCAAGCUAUCAGACAUCCACAGAAUAGCAGAGACAGCAGCUGUCGAAGUGUUUAUCAGCAUUUGCUUUAAUGACACAGAGCAAAAAGCACAGCUGAGGCUCAUGAAAGAGAUCCAGACUGUGUAUCAGGACUUCUGUGGUCAGAACAAUGAGGAGUGUUUAAAUGUGUGUACGCUGGAGUUAAAGAGGGUGUUUGCUGAUCUGGAUGAGCGUAUGAAUGACGGCUCAUUUAUGCACCCAGGAGGAUAUAAAGAGUACUGCAGUGAACUCCAGAGGCUCGCAAAUGAAUAUAGAGCACGCACACACAAACAGUCGAUGAGUGAGAAAGUGUUGACCGAGCAUCUGAAGGAGAGGGAACAGUUAGGGAGGAAUAUUCUUUUAGCUGAUCAGUGCCUCACUGAAGCAGAGCAAGUCACGGAAGUGGAGCGUUUGAAAAAGGAUGCUUUAGAGCAGAGGAACAAAUCUUUAGAGGAGAUGAAAACCCUUCAGGAGCAGGUGUUUAAGGACCAGCAGAGGACGUAUGAACAGCACAUGACCCAUUUGCUCGACCGCAUGGAGAAAGAGAUGGAGAGAGCAAGGGAGGAUAACACACGAGUGCUGGAAGCUAAACUUAAGGAACAGAAGGCUCUGUUGGAGGAAGGGUUUGAGGAAAGAGCUGAGCUGAUGAAUAAAGAGAUUCAAAGUUUGAAAGGAGAGAUGGAAGAUGAUGAUAAAACAAAGCAGACUACACUUAGUAAGGUAGUGGACGCUGUGGGCCUGGCAGCAACUCUGUUCCUACCUGGACUCAUCCCUAAAGCUGCCGGUAUGGCUGCAUCAUUCCUGUCACGAUAUCUUUGAUAUUCUAUUUUGGUAGUGUAGGAAAUUCCAAAAUUAAAAUUUUUAAAAAUAAAAUUAACAUAAGUUUAUACACGUAAAAUAGCAACAACUAGAAAGUGGUAAGUAAUAUUACAAUGGAAUAUACCGAAUAUGUAUGUAAAUGAUGAUAUGGGUUGAAGCACUAGGACUAUUUAAGGUAACAGGAAAAUUUUGUUACAUUUUUGUCAGUUUGGGGUUUGUGUUUAUCAGUUUUUUUAUGUUUCCUUUAUCCUUGGAAUUGUCUGAUAUUUAAUUUUCAAAACAGCUUUACUGCUGUUCCUCUGUAAAAUCAACAGGAAUUUUAUAAAAAUUCAAAUCUAAAAAAGUUAUUGUAAAAUAAUGUAUAAUUUUAUGUAGACUCAAUCAAAUUAAAGAAUUAUAGCUAUCAUUUCCACUAGUCCACUAGGUGGUUUAGUAAUGUUUAUCCACUUAACAUUUUAUAAUAUGAUAAUAUUAUAAGUGGCUGCCACAUAACUGGGUAAAUAUUUCUAACACCCUGACUAUGUUCUGCUAAUAAGAACACACACAACAUUGAUUUAUACAUUUUUUUAUCAUGCCUUCAUUUCACCCACUGUUUUUUUAUGGAUAAGUUCCAUAUUACUGACAUAUUUACACACCUUCCUAAAGUUAACUUUCACAUUUUCUAAAUUCUGGCUUGCUAUACUUGUAUUUCCUCUGCUGCUAAAGUUCUGGGUUAUUGUCAGAUCUGGUCAGAUGGUAUUUCAAACUAAUGUUUGUUUAAGCACACUUUCAUUACUUUGCUGCCUUCAUUAAAGUCUGAUUUCCUUUUAACAAACAUUGGCUUAUAUGGUUUAUAAUCAUGAAGGUGCUUAUUUUAUAAUAAUGUUUCUUACAA